GCAAAGGAAUAUAUUCUUUAACUAGAUCACUUAGCUUGAAAUGAAAGCUGCAGUGUAUUUGUAAUGGGUUGCACGACUAGUGUGGUUUUAUUUAAAGGUAUUCGUACAGUUAUUGAGAGAAACUGUUCAUAUAUUUGCAAACAUCAAGGAGAGAAUAAUGCCCUGGAAUACAUGGGAAAUAGUUUAACAAAAGAAGACUCUGGAAUAUUGAUCCAUUCAUUCCUGGCAAAACCAAAGGUAAUUGAGCCAAUAGACUAUGAAAAUGUCAUUGUUCAAAAGAAAACUCAAAUACUCAAUGAUGCCUUGCGUGAGAUGCUACUUUUCCCCUAUGAUGACUUCCAGACAGCAAUACUGAAACGACAAUGCCGAUAUGUAUGCUCUACAAUUCCUGAUAAUGCAGAGAAAGAAGCUCACAGCUUAUUUGUAACAGAGUGCAUUAAAACAUACAACUCCGACUGGCAUGUUGUCAACUACAAAUAUGAAGAUUAUUCAGGCGAGUUUCGACAACUUCCAAACAAAGGGACCAAAUUAGAGAAACUUCCAGUUCAUGUUUAUGAAGUUGAUGAAGAAGCAGAUAAGGAUGAGGAUGCAGCAUCUCUAGGAUCUCAGAAAGGGGGAAUUACAAAACAAGGAUGGCUGUACAAAGGCAACAUGAACAGUGCUAUCAGUGUUACUAUGCGGUCAUUCAAACGAAGAUUUUUUCACCUUCUGCAACUUGGUGAUGGAUCAUAUAAUCUCAAUUUCUAUAAAGAUGAGAAAAUAUCAAAAGAACCAAAAGGAUCAAUAUUUUUGGAUUCCUGCAUGGGAGUGGUCCAGAACAACAAAGUCCGACGUUUUGCUUUUGAGCUCAAGAUGCAAGACAAGAGUAGCUAUCUUCUUGCAGCAGACAGUGAAGUAGAAAUGGAAGAAUGGAUUACAACUUUAAACAAAAUUCUCCAAUUAAAUUUUGAAGCUGCAAUGCAAGAAAAAAGAAAUGGAGACUCCCAUGAGGAUGAUGAACAAGGCAAGAUGGACAGCUCCUCAUCCAGUUUAGAUAGCUAUCUACCUGAAAUGGUUAAGGGUUCCAGGGAUUCUGAAAUAAAAUUCAAAAGUGAAAGCAGGGUUAAACUCUUUGCAUUGGAUCCAGAUGCACAGAAACUUGAUUUCUCUGGUAUCGAGCCAGAAGUAAAGCCAUUUGAAGAGAAGUUUGGGAAGAAAAUUCUGGUGAAGUGCAAUGAUUUAUCUUUCAAUCUACAAAGCUGUGUGGCUGAAAAUGAGGAGGGACCAACAACCAAUGUAGAGCCAUUUUUCAUCUCGUUGUCACUGUUUGACAUUAAACAUAACCGGAAGAUUUCAUCAGACUUUCAUGUGGAUUUGAAUCAUAGCACAGUGAGGCAGAUGCUAGCUAAUGCGACACAGCAGUUGCUGAAUGGCAACAGUGAUUGCUUACAUCGGAUUCAAGAUAUUAUUCCAGAGAUUAUGUUACAAUAUCCCAAACAGGGAAUAUUCUCAGUAACGUGUCCACAUCCUGAUAUAUUUCUAGUGGCCAGAAUAGAAAAAGUCCUGCAAGGGAGCAUUACCCACUGCGCUGAGCCAUAUAUGAAAAGUUCUGAUUCUUCUAAGGUUGCCCAGAAGGUUCUGAAAAAUGCGAAGCAGGCGUGCCAGCGGCUAGGACAGUACAGAAUGCCAUUUGCAUGGGCAGCUAGGACACUGUUUAAGGAUACUUCUGGAACACUGGACAAAAAUGCACGAUUUUCAACACUUUACAAACAGGACAGUAACAAGCUCUCGAAUGAAGACAUGCUUAAAUUGUUGGCUGAUUUCAAAAAACCUGAAAAGAUGGCUAAGUUACCAGUAAUUUUAGGAAAUCUAGACAUAACAAUUGAUAAUGUUUCUCCAGACAUCCCAAAUUUUGUUAACUCAUCAUACAUUCCCAUGAAACAGUUUGAAAACAGUACCAAGACAGUAGUAACGUUUGAAGUAGAGGAGUUUGUUCCCUGUAUACCAAAACAUACCCAGCCUUUCACCAUCUACAACAAUCACCUUUAUGUUUAUCCAAAGCACUUGAAAUAUGACAGUCAGAAGUCAUUUGCAAAGGCCAGAAAUAUUGCUGUGUGCAUAGAAUUCAAGGACUCAGAUGAUGAAGAUUCUGUACCUUUAAAGUGCAUAUAUGGCAGACCAGGCGGACCAAUAUUUACAAGACAAGCAUUUGCUACAGUUCUGCAUCACCACCAAAACCCAGAGUUUUAUGAUGAGGUAAAAAUAGAAUUGCCCACACAACUACAUGAAAAACACCAUUUGUUGUUUACCUUCUACCAUGUCAGUUGUGACAGCUCAAGCAAAGGGACUACCAAAAAGAAGGACAUAGUUGAAACACAAGUUGGGUAUUCUUGGCUUCAGCUGUUAAAAGAUGGCAGAGUAGUGACAAAUGAACAGCAUAUUCCAGUAUCUGCUUAUCUUCCAUGUGGCUAUCUCAGCAAUCAAGAACCUGGCAUGAACAAACAUUCUGGUCCUGAAAUUAAAUGGGUAGAUGGAGGAAAACCACUGUUAAAGAUCUCAACUCAUCUAGUUUCUACUGUAUAUACACAGGACCAGCACUUAAACAAUUUCUUCCAUUAUUGUCAAAAAACUGAGUCUGGAGCUCAAGCCAUAGGAGCUGAUCUUGUGAAGUAUCUUAAGAGUCUUCAUGCAAUGGAGGGCCAUGUGAUGAUAGCUUUUUUGCCUACUAUUUUAAACCAGUUGUUUCGAGUGCUUACUAGAGCAACUCAGGAGGAAGUUGCAGUGAAUGUGACAAGGGUUAUCAUCCAUGUUGUUGCCCAGUGUCAUGAAGAAGGGUUGGAUAGUUACUUGAGGUCCUAUGUCAAGUAUGCUUACAAAGCAGAGCCUUACAUUGCUUCUGAAUAUAAGACCGUACAUGAAGAACUUGCCAAAUCCAUGACAACAAUCUUGAGGCCAUCUGCUGACUUCCUCACAAGCAACAAGCUGCUUAAGUACUCCUGGUUUUUCUUUGAAAUUCUUAUAAAAUCAAUGGCCCAGCACCUAUUGGAAAAUGCUAAAGUAAAGUUGUUACGAAAUCAGAGAUUUCCAGCGUCUUAUCAUCAUGCUGUAGAAACCGUUGUCAGUAUGUUGAUGCCACACAUUACUCAGAAAUAUAAAGAUAACCAUGAAGCUUCAAAAAAUGCAAACCAUAGCCUUGCUGUCUUCAUAAAAAGAUGUUUCACUUUUAUGGACAGAGGAUUUGUGUUCAAGCAAAUUAAUAACUAUAUUGGCUUCUUUGCUCCAGGAGAUCCAAAGACACUUUUUGAGUUCAAAUUUGAAUUUCUCCGGGUAGUGUGUAAUCAUGAACACUACAUUCCUUUGAACCUUCCUAUGCCAUUUGGAAAAGGCAGGAUUCAGAGAUACCAAGCUUUUCUUUCACCAUCAGUGGAAUCCUAUGACAUUCCUGUAGACCUUCAGCUAGACUAUUCCUUAUCAGAUGAGUUCUGCAAGAAUCACUUCUUGGUAGGACUGCUCCUCAGGGAGGUGGGCAAUGCAUUGCAAGAAUUCAGAGACAUCCGUCAAAUUGCAAUCAGUGUUUUGAAGAAUUUGAUGAUAAAGCAUUCCUUUGAUGAUAGAUAUGCUUCCAGGAGCCAUCAAGCAAGAAUGGCCACAUUAUACCUGCCAACAUUUGGUUUACUGAUAGAAAAUGCCCAUCGCAUUGAUGUCAAGGAUAUUUCACCUUUUCCUAUUAAUGCAUCUAGCAGUAGUGCAAAAGAUGAAUCAAUUAGUUUACCAGUUGCAAAUCCAGUGGUGACUCCACAAAAAUCUGUGAAUACUCUUGAUAACAACCUCCACAAAGACUUGUUUGGUGCUAUAUCAGGCAUUGCAUCCCCAUAUACCUCUUCUACUCCUAAUGUUAAUUGUGUGCGAAAUGCAGAUUCAAGAGGCUCCCUUAUAAGUACAGACUCAGGAAACAGUCUUCCAGAAAGACAUAGUGAAAAGAGCAAUUCUCUUGACAAGAACCAACAGACUUGUCCUUUGGGAAGUUCUGUAGUUCGAUGUGAUAAACUUGAUCAAGCUGAGAUCAGGAGUCUACUGAUGUGUUUCCUUCAUAUUUUAAAAAGCAUGUCGGAUGAUGCAUUGUUUACAUACUGGAACAAGGCCUCAACAUCAGAACUUAUGGAUUUUUUCACAAUUGCAGAAGUGUGCUUACAUCAAUUUCAAUACAUGGGGAAACGAUAUAUAGCCAGGAACCAGGAGGGGUUGGGACCCAUAGUUCAUGAUCGAAAAUCUCAGACAUUGCCUGUUUCCCGUAACAGAACAGGGAUGAUGCAUGCCAGAUUACAGCAGCUGAGCAGCCUGGAUAACUCUCUGACAUUUAGUCACACUUAUGGCCAUGCAGAAGCCGAUGUCCUUCACCAGUCUUUACUUGAAGCCAAUAUUGCCACUGAAGUUUGCCUUACAAUUCUGGAUACCUUAUCUUUAUUCACAGUGGCAUUUAAGAAUCAGCUACUGAUGGAUUACGGGCAUAAUCCUCUGAUGAAAAAGGUAUUCGAUGUGUACCUUUGCUUUCUGCAAAAAAAUCAGUCAGAAACAGCAUUAAAAAAUGUUUUCAAUGCUUUAAGAUCAUUAAUUUAUAAGUUCUCUUCUACAUUUUAUGAAGGGAGAGCUGACAUGUGUUCUGCACUGUGCUAUGAAAUUUUGAAGUGCUGCAACUCCAAACUGAGUUCAAUUCGAACGGAAGCUUCACAACUUCUUUAUUUCUUGAUGAGAAAUAAUUUUGAUUACACAGGAAAGAGAUCGUUUGUAAGGACGCAUCUACAAGUUAUCAUUUCUGUGAGUCAACUGAUUGCAGAUGUUGUUGGAAUUGGAGGAACUAGAUUUCAGCAGUCGCUUUCCAUCAUUAAUAACUGUGCUAAUGCUGACAGGAUUAUUAAGCACACUACAUUCCCUUCUGAUGUAAAGGAUUUGACAAAACGCAUCCGCACAGUCCUAAUGGCUACAGCACAAAUGAAGGAGCAUGAAAAUGAUCCAGAAAUGCUUGUAGAUCUUCAGUACAGUUUGGCAAAGUCUUAUGCCAGUACACCUGAACUCAGAAAGACAUGGUUGGAUAGCAUGGCAAGAAUUCAUGUUAAAAAUGGAGAUCUUUCAGAGGCAGCAAUGUGCUACAUCCAUGUAGCAGCUCUGGUAGCUGAGUAUCUUCUGCGCAAAGGAAUGUUUAAACAAGGUUGUAUAAGCUUCAGAGUAAUCACUCCAAAUAUAGAUGAAGAGGCUUCAAUGAUGGAAGAUGUGGGGAUGCAGGAUGUUCACUUUAAUGAAGAUGUAUUGAUGGAGUUGCUGGAACAAUGUGCAGAUGGGCUGUGGAAGGCUGAACGUUAUGAAUUGAUUGCUGACAUCUAUAAACUUAUAAUACCAAUUUAUGAGAAGCGGAGAGAUUUUGAGAGGCUAGCUCAUCUUUAUGACACAUUGCAUCGGGCAUACAGCAAAGUUACAGAAGUUAUGCAGUCGGGAAAGAGAUUGCUGGGAACCUAUUUCAGAGUUGCCUUUUUUGGACAGCAAUACCAGUUUACAGACAGUGAAACAGAUGUGGAGGGAUUCUUUGAAGAUGAAGAUGGGAAAGAAUAUAUUUACAAGGAGCCUAAACUCACACCUCUUUCAGAGAUUUCCCAGAGGCUACAAAAACUCUACUCAGAUAAAUUUGGAUCUGAAAAUGUCAGGAUGAUCCAGGAUUCUGGCAAAGUAAAUUCUAAGGAUUUGGAUUCAAAAUAUGCCUAUAUUCAAGUUACGCACGUAGUUCCAUACUUUGAGGAAAAGGAAUUACAGGAGAGAAAAACAGAGUUUGAAAGAAAUCACAACAUUCGUCGCUUUAUGUUUGAGAUGCCAUUUACUCAGUUGGGUAAAAGACGAGGUGAGGUAGAGGAGCAAUGCAAACGACGCACCAUUCUUACAGCUAUACAUUGUUUCCCUUAUGUAAAAAAGCGGAUUCCCAUAAUGUAUCAACAUCAUACAGAUUUAAACCCAAUUGAAGUAGCCAUUGAUGAAAUGAGUAAGAAGGUUGCAGAGUUCCGGCAAGUUUGUUCAUCAGCUGAAGUAGACAUGAUCAAACUUCAGCUAAAGCUGCAAGGCAGUGUCAGUGUCCAGGUUAAUGCUGGGCCAUUAGCAUAUGCCAGAGCUUUCCUGGAUGAUACAAACACCAAAAGGUAUCCAGACAAUAAAGUAAAGUUACUGAAGGAACUGUUCAGACAGUUUGUUGAAGCUUGUGGGCAGGCCCUAGAAAUAAAUGAGCAGCUUAUAAAAGAAGAUCAGAUAGAAUAUCAAGAAGAAUUGAAGGCUAACUACAGAGAAAUGGCAAAAGAACUUUCUGAAAUUAUGCAUGAACAAUUAGUUCAUGCAGAAUGACUUGGAGGUCUAGAUCUGAAUUUCUCCCUCUGGCAAUGAACUCACUGGAAGGAUACAACUGUAAAAUGUGUCUUAGUUGUGUCUCACAUUGGACUCACAGCUCCCUGAGAAAAAGAAUCUUUGUCAAGAUCACAGCAAAGAAGCAGUCACUCAGCUGUCUCCUUCUGAAGUCUUGCUGCUUCUUGAAGCCACCAGCCUUCCAGUGACAAUCUGACCAGAAGCACUGUUUCUUCUAGCAGAUCCUCACAACUUCUGCCUUCAACUCCACAUCUUCUCCAGCUGCUUCACUUAGGCUAUGCUCCUGUCUUCUCCUUCCUCAGACUCUUCCUUGUCUGGCCACCGUCCAGAUUGAUCCUAGUAUUGGGACUGUUCUUUUAUACCCUAACCAAUUACCUUUUAACACACCAUUAGUUGUCAGUCUAUUGGGCUAUAUUUAUGAGCCAGUGAGAAGACUAAAUAGAAUGUUCAUUAAUCACAACCUGACUUUUGAAUCUUGCACCCAGUAUAUAAGCAACUGGACUUAACUGUACACUUGCUAAGGUCCAUAACUUCUUCCUUGGUAACAAUUCCUUGGUAACAAAACAAUUUUUUGGUAACAAAACUUUCUUGGCAGGUGGCAAGCUAUCAGCUGCAGGCCUCAAAUACAAAGUAAUUGUUAGGCCUGAGAGGUAACCUUUUAAUAUCUCCCUAUUAAGCACUGUAAUCACAACAAUGCUAGGUUACAUAUAUUGAGUUUACAUUUUACACAACAGUUUAAACAUUUCCCCCCUCAGGACCUACAUAUUCUUCACAGAAUAUGUAGGUCUUGAGAAUUAACAGGAUUGCUCUUUUCUGCCUUUCUUCCACCAUAGGUCAUUCAAUACUGUUUCUUACCAAAACUAGACCUGAGAUCUAAUUAAAAUGGAUUCAAGCAACGGUCUGUGUAUACUGCCAAUGGUCUGUGUAUGCUGCCACAAGUAUAAAAGUUGUCUUAAGAUAUUACCUUAGGGUUAUAUAUAAUUUAAAUGAUUUGCUGAAAAUUGCCAGUAAGCAAUGAGUUUGAUGAUGGAGGAAAUAGUUAAGACUUACAUCUUGAUUUUUAUUUUUAUCUAAAGUUAGUUUUUGUAAUAGAUUUGCUACGGUUUGUUAACUCCUAUAAAUUAAUAUAUUUGACUACCCUUAAAUCAUCUUUCACGUCUUCCUGUAUAUUUUGUACAAUACAAAGACUUUUAUAAAAUCAGUUGCAUAGAACUACAAGAAUACUAAUGUUACGUAACCAGAGCAGUCAGCACAAGAGAGUUAGAUCUAAAUGGAGUGGCCUAGCUUACCUUGUGAUGGAAAAUGAGCAUCAUUUCUCCUUUUCUCUCACUUUGUCCAAUCUUGUCUGGCU